AUGCAGAGCGCCGCGGCCCAGGACGUGACGCUCCCCGCUGACGCUGAAGACACCAUCUCGUCAGUCUCCUGGUCGCACACCGCCAAUCACCUCGCGGCGGCUUCUUGGGAUGGCAAGGUGCGUGUCUACGACGUCGCGUCCAAUGGGACGGCACGUCCUGCCACGAUGCUCACCGCAGACGGUCCUCUAAUGAGCUGUGACUGGGCCAAGGACGGAACAAUGGUCCUCGCAGGAGGAGCCGACAGAAAACCGCACCUGCUGCAGUGUGCGACUGGCCAGAGCCUCAAGCUGGGGGCACACGACGCUCCGAUCCGCUCGGUGCGCUUCGUGGAGGUCCCCGGUUCGAACGGGCCCAUCGUCGCCUCCGGGUCCUGGGACAAGACCGUCAAGUUCUGGGACCUGCGCGCGGACGCCAGCAGCCCGAUAGCCUCGCUCAGCUGCGCCGACCGCGUCUACGCCAUGGACGCCAAGGCAGGACUGCUCGUUAUCGGCACGGCAGAGCGGCACAUCCACCUUGUGGACCUGCGUAACCCCACGGCGUUCGCACGGUCCGCCGAGUCGCCGCUCAAGUGCCAGACGAGAGCCGUGGCCGCUUUUCCUGACGGGAAGGGCUGGGCUACGACUUCUAUCGAGGGCAGGUGCGGGAUCAACGCCGCAGAGGAGAAGGAUACGACUGGCAUUAACUUCACUUUCCGCUGCCACCGCGGCCUGCCGGAUGCCAACAAGGUAACCAAGGUGUACGCCGUCAACGACGUGCAAUUCCACCCGGUUCACCACACGACGUUCGUUACGGCAGGUUCGGAUGGGACUUUCCACUUCUGGGAUCGGGCAGCACACUCGCGUCUGAAGGCUUACCCGUCCGUCGGUGGUUCCAUCACCACGACUGCUUUCAACCGAGAUGGCACAAUGCUGGCGUAUGCUGUGGGGUAUGAUUGGAGUCAGGGACACGGUGGAAACUCACCCGAGUAUCCAAACAAGCUCAUGUUGCAUGCCGUCACGGGCGAGGACGCAACGCCGAAGAAGAAAUAG